GAACCCGUUGAAUCGAAGGCUCCCUUGGCACCCUGGUCCCUGAUAAUCUACUAUAGACAAGAGGUAUUGCGAGUCCCGCGACCCUCCGUUGCUGCGUAGGUAUCGCACAACUCUCAAUGAUCCUCUCGCCACGGCGCAGGAUCACGGAGGCUACCGUGCCCGCACUAGAAUGAGCUCGGGAUGCCCCCCCUAACACCGGCAGAAUCUCAGAGGCUUACAUCCCUCAUCACCCUCUCAUCAACAACCCACGGCAGAAGAGGGUCUCGACAGCAUGUAUUCGCACGCGCCCGUUGUUCAAAAGGAUUGACGAACGAUACGCGACGCUAGCGGCUCCUCGCACCCUGAGCUCUCAUAUUCUAUCUCCAUCAACAUGGCUGUUGCAGAGUACGAUUACAUCGUCAUUGGCGCCGGCACGGCGGGCCUCUCGCUGGCGACACGGCUUGCGCAGGCAGACAAGUCUGUUCUCGUUCUCGAAGCUGGUAAAGACUCCAGCGAAGCCGCAGAGAUCAAUGUUCCAGGCUUUUUCAUGAAGAAUAUCGGCCAUCCGGACCGCGACUGGGCUUUCUUUUCUCAGCCGCAGGCGCACGCCAACUCGCGCGCCGUGUUUCUGCCUCGGGGCAAGGGUGUCGGAGGUACCAGCGUGUUGAACUUCAUACAAUGGAAUCGGGCGUCGGCACCUGAGUAUGACGCGCUUGAAACCCUCGGAUUGGAGGGUUGGAAUUGGCAGAACCUACUUCAUUACUUCAAGAAGUCAGAGACCCUCGUCGCUCCGGAGAGCGCGCAGGAAGCAACCCUAUUGAAGCUCGACCCCGCCGCGCACGGAACGUCCGGCCCCAUCAUCGUCGCCCCACCGACGCAGAUCUCGUCUGUGCAUCUCCCUUUCCUCCAAGGGUUCAAAGAACUAGGCUUCCCAACGAACUACGACAGCUCGGACGGAGACAACAUCGGGGCGUGGACGAGUCUUGCAAACAUUGAUCCUGCGGAUGCUACGCGGUCAUCGAGCGCAUCGGUCUACCUCAAGCUUAAGUCGUCUCUGCCUCAUCUCGAAGUCAUCCCAAGCGCCCAUGUGUCUCGUGUAGUAUUUGCUGACGAGGCGAACGCGGACGGUCUGGUGACCGCGACUGGCGUAGAGUACAUCAAGGACGGAGAGAAGCGGUUCGCGAAGGCGACAAAGGAAGUGAUCGUCAGCGGUGGAGCGUAUCAAACACCGCAAGUACUUGAGCUGUCAGGUGAGUGACUUACUAUAUAUGUCGAAUACGGAUAACCGCAUCAGUAAGAUCACAAAUGGAUUGUUUUGAAUUGAUUCGAAUUGUUUGCGAUGGACCAUCCCCGACCAUCACAC